AUGCAAGUAUUUCCAUCUAAAGCCAUAAACAAAUUUAUUUUGAGUGGUGACAAUAGUCCAGCCGAAGAAGAGAUUAGUCCAAUCAAAUUACCAAAAAUCACUGAGUCGAGGCAAACAGCUGACUUAAACAAGGCUAAAAAUAAAAGAAAGCCAAGAAAGGGUAGUAUUUAAGAAAUAACAGAUGAAUUACUACAAUGGAAAUACUUUCUUGAUCAUAAAUUUCAACAUCAUGACUGA